AUGCCAGUAAAAAAAAGAGCCUCUUUGGGAAGAAGUACAUCAACUGCAAGAAGAAUGGCAGCAACAAGAGCAGCUGAAUCUUUAGAACGGGGACAAGAUCGACGAGAGGAGGAUCGAGCCAGACAUGCAGCUUCAAGAGCAGCUGAAGAUUCUGAAGACACACGCACUCGACUUGAUGGUCAACGUGCAAGACAAGCAGCUUCAAGAGCAGCUGAAUCUCCAGAACGGAGACAAGAUCGACGGGAAGAAGAUCGAGCCAGACAUGCAGCUUCAAGAGCAGCUGAGGAUCCCAUAUAG